AUGUCCGACAAGAGUUCCCAGAGGAGCCUCGGCGACUUCUGGUCGACAUAUCGGCUCGACGCGAGGGUGGUGGCCGACUCGAUAUUGGGACUGUCAGAUGGCCUCACCGUGCCGUUUGCUCUCACAGCAGGCCUGACCGCCCUGGGAGAUACUCGGGUGGUGAUCCUAGGCGGACUUGCAGAGCUCAUUGCCGGUGCCAUAUCAAUGGGACUGGGCGGAUACGUGGGUGCCAAAAGCGAAGCAGAAUCCUACAACGCAACUGACCGGAAUUGCGACGAGCUGAUCUGCGAAGAGCCGGACACAGCACGAGACUAUGUCCAAGAGUACUUUGAGCAGUUUGGAUUGUCCGAGGAGGACACGAAGCGGGUUUCGGACCAGAUCAAAGCUUCGACACCAAGGUUCAAGGAAUUCCUCCUGCAAAAUCAUUUCCAGGCAACCAAACCAGACACCGGACGGCCGUAUCUCUCAGCACUUACGUUGGGUAUCAGUUAUUUCGUCGGCGGGUUCCUCCCACUCAUUCCAUAUUUUCUCGUGCCGCGAGACGAUGUUCUCGCCGGGCUGUGGUGGAGUAUUGGGCUGAUGGGAGUGGUGCUGCUGCUCUUUGGCUAUGUCAAGACUGGCGUGGUCCGGGGUUGGACAGGCAGGGAAAACUAUCGGGCUUGCAUAUCAGGAGCAGUGCAGAUGCUGGUAGUGGGCGUGUUUGCAGCGGGUGCUGCUGUUGGUCUGGUACGGCUCAUCAACCAAACCUAG